CACAUGGUAGGGCCUACAUAUUCUCUCUACUCCUCUUCCUGUUACAGCUUCACGCUCAUGCUGCCCGAAAUCAUUCAAAGACAAGCACUAUGAAUCCCUCGCUAUUCCCGUUUCUGAGCAUGCUAUGCCUGGUCUCGUCGGCCGUUACUGCGGAAGGUGACCAAGACAUGCCAACGAACGGCAACAGUACGCAUGAAGCGCUCAACACCACCACCUCUGGCGGUACCAGCGCGAUCAGAACAACUCCGAUGCUUACAAACAAUUCUAGUACGACCAGUAAAUACACAGAGAGUCGACCAACGUCUGUGGCGGCCAUCAAAGCAAGCAAUGCCUCUCCUGGAAGCAAGUGCGGAGAAAGCUGUCUAUUAAGCAACACUACGCCUCAAAUACCUACUCCCACGGCUAAGGCUGAUACAGGAAAAGGAAAAGUAAGAAUAGUGGGAACGCUGCUUUUCCUGGUGUGCGUUCUCAUUGUUUUGUUCCUCAUUUUGUUACGAUGGUACAGCCGCAACCCGGACCGCCGCUCCAUCCGUGGCCUGUGCAGCAGCCUGGUGGACAGCAUGCGGCAGGCUUGGCUUGCCGUGGCUGCACGGAUACGGUCACCCCAAAAGCAGCCGGGGGAUGAGGAGACGGAGGAGAUGGGCACGGGACGGGGAGAGGAGGGGCUGGAGGGAGGCGUGGCAGGAGAUGGGAACAGGUGGGGAAAGAAGGAGGACGAGGGGGAGGACGACUCGUCGGAUGACUACUCCAGCAUGGAAAGUGGGAACGUGGUGGACAACGCACGGAAGGAGGAGGGAGCGCAGAGGAAGGCGGAGGAGGAAGACGACGAUGGUGAGGGGGAGAUGACGACACCCAUACUAUUAGGGGAUGAGAACACAGACACAGAGGAAGAGGAUGAUGUCACACCACUGUGAACACACAAGUGUGUGUAACGGAUGUUUUCGCCAAGAUUUUAAUGUUUAUUUAAAACAAAAGGUCACAACGUCAACAAAAGUUUUAAAGGUAUUUUGAACAUUGAAAUUGAGCACUGUAUGUAUUCAUCUGAAUAAAAGAUUUAUAUUA